AUGGAUUUACAAAGUGUUUUACUUUGCCCAAAAACAGAUGCAUCUGCUAUGUAUUAUAAACAAAAACUACAACUGCAUAACUUUACAAUCUACAGACUCAAUGAUAAAGAUGUUACUCUAUAUGUCUGGCAUGAGGGAAAUGGUAGUCGGAUGAAACAACUGACAUCAGUCAAGUUGAGCAAUUUUCUCUGUUUUCUUCGGUAUGUUGACGAAGAUUCAUUUGAAAUUAGAGAAGAUUUCCUUAUGUUUGUUCCUGUACAUGAAGUUACAGGUUCAGCUUUAGCUAAAACGGUGUUGGAGACUUUAUCAAGUUUAGGUCUAGAUUUAAAUAAACUUAGAGGUGAAGGGUACGAUGGCGCAUCAGCCAUGCGAGGCCAAUUUAGAGGGGUGCAAGCUUGCAUUAAACAAAAACUACCAUUGGCCGUGUAUACCCAUUGUUCUUCUCAUAAUUUAAACUUGUGCUUAUCAGAAGCAAGUAAAGUACCUUCUAUAAGAAACUGUAUGGGUAUUAUUAGUGAAGUGUGUGCAUUCUUUCACAUGUCAGCCCAAAGGACUGAAUUGCUCAAAUUAGCCAUUACUGAAUGUUGUCCUGAACAAAGAAAGAAGAAACUGAUAUCCCUUUGCGAAACACGCUAUGAAAAGUGUGAAAAAUAUUUUGGAUCUGCUGAAAAACAAACAUCAAAUGUAGAGGAUAAUUUCAAAGAACUGUACGUCCAAAUAAGAGAAUUUGCUAGCAAAAAUUAUAUUAAAGAAGAAGUCCCAAGAACUUGUCGCCUUCAAGGAUUCCGUUGUAACGUACCUUACAACUCAGAAGAAGAAUACUAUCGGCGAGCAGUUUAUGUACCUUACCUUGACGAUUUCUGCAGUGGAUUGAAUGAACGUUUCGAAACCCAUAAAAAAUUAAUCUUAUCAUUGCAAUGCGUUCUUCCAGAAUUUUGCAUAAAAAGUGGGUUUUCAUCACUGGACUCUGCUUAUAAAUUUUAUUCAGAAGAUAAAGAAGAUUUCAAAGAAAUCGUGCAGAGCGAAUUCAUGUUGUGGAAAGAGAAAUGGAUUAAAGCAGAAAUUAUUAACUUGCCUAAAACAGCCAUUUGCUCUAUAGAAAGAUGUAACAAGAAUUUAUUUCCCAAUAUGAAUACUCUUUUAAAAUUGUUGGCAGUUUUGCCCGUUUCUGUUGCAACUGUCGAGAGGAGUUUUUCGACAUUACGAAGAUUAAUGACGUAUCUGAGAAAUACAACAUCUGAAACCAGAUGA